UGUAGUCAAACUAUCAAACUUGUCAUUUAUUUUGGAGCCAUGAGUCAAAACAAGUAUUUUCAGACCAUCUUAAAAUUAACCAAAUUCUUUUUUCCCAGCAAUGAAAAUACUAAAAUUCCACCCGUUUUAAAUAAGACCACGUUAUUAGAUAAAGAUCCCAAACCACAAUUACCGAAAAGUAACUUCUCGAGCUUACGGAGCCAGUUAGAUGCGCCAGAAAGAGAAAGAUUAAAAGCAUUGCAACACGGAAAACUUUUGGCACCCGUCAAGGUACAAGAUGAAGCUGAGAAAAUAAGAUCAUUGUAUGAAGAGGAAGAUGUCGACGAGCAGGAAACAUCGGUCAAGACCAAAAAUGAAAAGAAGCCAUGAAAUUUACUCCAUGAAAAAACGAAGAAAGAAAGUCAGUUGCAUUCACGGUAACCGGAGCACUUUUUGUUACGAAAACUUAAAUUCGAGGAAAAUAUUUGUACUUCGAAAUGUUUUGACUCUGACUCCAUGAAUAAAUAGACUGAUUUUUAUAUAA